AUGGAAAAUGGCAGCCCAAUAAAAUACCGCGAGAGCUCGUCCCGGGCUGCGACCGCUAUAAAAAGAUUAUCAAAGCUGACAGCGAUGGUUGUGCGACAUGCAACCCUGGAAAGCGAGGCGACUGUGCCAUCGAGUACUGUUGCCAAAAUAAUUAAAGAAAUCUCUGUCGAUGUCCCUCCGCUGCGCCCGCGCCGCUCUAAAAACGUCGCUCUCUGCCCGGGAGUCGCAACUCGGGGCGCGGCGGGAAAACAUCUCCCGCGUCACUCUUACUUCUUCUUUCCUUCCCGAAGCUGUCGAAAAAAAGUUUUUCAAACUGACGGCAACGUAGUAAUUUAA